GAAGAAGAAGAAGAAGAGUGACGCAGCUCAUCACACUCUACAGACUCUCCAACGAGAGAAGAAAUGUCGCAGCACCCGGAACUGUCCGCGGAUUGCUCCAGGCAGGUCACUGCUGUUGCUGUCUGCUAGACUAGAGAAUACACUCACAAUUUUGUGGCUACAGUGUAUGACCAAUUGCUGAUGACCUCAGAGAUGUCUAGUGUGGCCAAAAUGAUGUCUGAAGAAAGUGAGCCCAUGAGGCACAUUGAUCUUGGGUCUCCUCCUCUGGAACAACCAGCAGCUGGUCACUGGUUCCCUGGCCCUCCCCCGCCCGUCUAUUCCUGCACUCUGACUUCUGAGCUGGUGGCCAAGGCCCGGGAGGAGCUACAGGAGAAGCCAGAGUGGAGGCUGAGAGACGUGCAGGCCCUGAGGGACAUGGUGCUGAAGGAGCAGCCUAAGCUCCGGACCAGGCUGGACGAUGCCUUUCUCCUGCGCUUCCUACGGGCCAGAAAGUUUGACUAUGACCGUGCCAUGCAGCUGCUCCUCAACUACCACAGCAGCCGGCGGGCCUGGCCCGAGGUCUUCCAGGACCUGAAGCCCUCCACGGUCAAACAUGUGUUAGACCUGGGCUUCCUGACUGUUCUGCCCCACCCAGACCUUAAUGGACGCUACAUCCUCUGUCUCAGACCUGGAAAAUGGAAAGCAAAUGACUAUCCAUUUGAGGACAACAUCCGGGCCAUUUACCUGACUCUGGAGAAGCUGAUUCAGCCAGAGGAGACUCAGGUGAAUGGGAUCGUCAUCUUAGCAGACUACACUGGGGUGGGCUUGUCCCAGGCAUCCAAUCCGGGCCCGUUCCUGGCCAAGAAGGUUGUCAGCAUCCUUCAGGAUAGCUUCCCAAUAAGAAUCAAGGCUGUUAACAUCAUAAAUGAGCCCCGGAUUUUCAAAGGGAUUUUUGCAAUAAUUAAGCCUUUUCUGAAGGAGAAGAUGGCAGAGAGGUACGUUCUCCACGGGUCAGACCUGCGCUCUCUGCACCGCAACAUUCCUCGAUCCGUCCUGCCAGAGGAGUAUGGUGGUGUGGCCAGACACCUUGACAUGUCAGCCUGGUCAAAGACAUUACUGGACUCUGAGGAGGAGUUUAUAGUGGAGUUCUGCCAGCCAGAUCCUCUAGAGGGCGUAGUCCUCCCAGACUCCAUGCUGUUUGAAGGGGAGCAGCCUGGUGGUGGUGCCAGGGAUGAAGACACCUUCAGGGGGCUACGCUCUCAGCUCUACUACUGUUACUGAUAAUGACCACCACCACCUCUCGCUACUAUGAGGACACGAGCCUGGUCCCAGAUGUGUUUGUGCUGUCUUGCCAACGCCUAUGGUCAUUGAUGUGACAUUGACCAUAGUUGGUAAAACAGAAGACUAGAUCUGGGACCAGACUGAGGACACCACUGUUUAUUAUUUCCACUAAUUGUUCUUUUGACCAAUCACAGAUCUUUUUUUAGAUCUGAUUGUUUUUCACUAAUUGGUCUUUUAAUCAAUCAGAAUAAGGCUGCCUGUAUAAAUGCAGCAAAAGUAAUUUUGUAGAAAUCACUACAGGAAGAGCUAAAGAGAUGUCUGGGCCCAUAUUCAAAAAGCGUCUCAGAGUAGGAGUGCUGAUAUAGGAUCAGUUUUUACCUUUGAGAUAAAAAUUAAUAUGGGGCCUACUACACUCCACAUGGCCAAGCAUAAGGCAGCUUUAAGUUCUGGUGAGGAAGCUUUACAGGAGCUGCUAAUGCAUGUUUACUUAUUUAGUCGUUUCUGCCUCUCGGUUUUAAAACGGCUCUGAUUUCCAUUGUAAGAUUUAUUUCCCAUAGAGGAAGAUGUUCAACUGUGCCCAUUUGAAAUGCCACUCACUUUCUCCUUAAUUUCUCAGAAUACAUGUACUGAGACUCUUCAUCUGCAUGGUGAUAUUCAAACACCAUGUAGUUACAGGACAUACUUUGCCUUAAUCUAUUUUUGAUAAUGAUAGAUAUGCAAGGGGUUAUGAAUGGGGUUUAAUUUGUAUGUAAUCAUACAAGUAUGUCACUUUUAUCCAAAGCAGCGUACAGUGCAGUGAGUGGAUAGCGUACCAUUGUAGCGUGUGUGUAUGUAAUUCCUGCAGGAAUUGAAACCCAUGAACUUGCUGUUGCUGGCGCCACGCUCUUCCUGAACCACUCAAGACCUGUAAUGUCUGCGUUACUGAGCGCCGAAGCCUACAGUGUACCUACACUACCGUUCAAAAGUUUGAGGUCACUUAGAAAUGUCCUUGUUUUUGAAAGAAAAACACUUUUUGUCCAUUAAAAUAAUAUCAAAUUGAUCAGAACUACAGUGUAGACAGUGUUGUAAAUGACUAUUGUAGCUGGAAACAGCUGUUUUUUUUAAUGGAAUAUCUACAUAGGCAUACAGAGGCCCAUUAUCAGCAACCAUCACUCCUGUGUUACGAUGGCACGGUGUGUUAGCUAAUCCAAGUUUAUAAUUUUAAAAGGCUAAUUGAUCUUUAGAAAAUCAUUUUGCAAUUAUGUUAGCACAGCUGAAAACUGUUCUGAUUGAAGAAGCAAUAAAGCUGGCCUUUAGACUGGUUGAGUAGCUGGAGCAUCAA